UCUCUACACAUUACUAUUUUUAUUUUUAUUAUUUUUGUAGGAGGGAAUUUGCGACGAUUUGUAAUGCCUCCCAGCCAAAAUUAAAAACGAAACCGCGAACAGUCGACUUCAUACCGAUUUUGCUCUCAGCGGCGAUUUCGAGGUAUUGGAGGCGGCAACAGUGGUUCCGUCGAGCGCGGUGGUUCCAUUCAUUUUCACCGAUUGGAUUUUGCUAGGGAUUGUGAUUUUUAGGAGACAGAGGCGCGUCUCUACAAUGGCUAGAUCAAAGAGAGAGGGCUGUAAGGUUGUACCAUCCCAUCCGACCAAAGAUUCGGCACCGUCUACUGUUGUGGGACAAUCGUCCAUCAGGAUCCUGAAAGAAGGGAGCAUUUUGUGGCCCCGAGAUGCCUCCAGUAAACUCGGCAGAGUCUUUCGCUCCAAUGUUCACCCGGAUGGGAUCACAUGGAAGAAGGUUCCGGAAGCCACCAAGGAGUGCUACUGGCAGGAGUUAAAGAAGUACAUCACUUGGGACCCUUCGGUAGAAGGGAAAGUGAGGCAUCAAUUCCAUUUGAAGGUGCAGGAAGCCUACAAUAGAUGGUUGUACGAUAUUAGAGGGGGCCGAGUUAAGAAGGGGGAGGAUCAGAUCAAUAAGACGGUCCUAGCUGAGUGGCGGAGAUUUUGGGCUUCUGAUGACGCAAAGAGAAAGUCCGAAAUAGCCAAAAAGAAUAGGCGUCGAGGGGAUCCAACUGCACCUGCUGAGUCUACGCAUACCGGCGGAUCCCGAUCAUUCUUGGAGACAUCGGAAAAGCUAGGUUUAAAUAAGGUUGAAAAAUAUAUAUGGGCUCACACUAAAGACCAUAAUAUGGAAAACUACAUCAACCCGCGAGCGACCCAAGUUGCUGAGGAUUUGAAUGCCAUAGAAGAAGAGCUGACUCAGCAACGCGCCACCGGAUAUGAUCGGGAUGAGGUGUUUCUUACGCUAGUACCCCGUGAUAAGAAGAAUCGUAUUUUUGGAUUAGGGUCAUUAGUUGGGACAGUUCCUCCUCAACGAUCAUCUAUCAAUAGCGAUGAUCAUGCCGUGGAUUUAUCUAAAGUUGAUGAGUGAUUGAAGAAGUUGGAGAACGACGUCGAAAGGGUCCAUGGUCGCCUGGAUGAUAUGGACCAGCGUAUGAUCGAUUUGGAUUUCCGACAGCAGUCCAUCAUGGACCAGAACUUGACGAUCCUGCAAGAGCUCCGGCAAAUUCGAAGAGGCGAUAUUCAGAAAUGUGACUCUGAUGAUUCUGAUGGUGGCGGUGGUUCGGUAUUGUGAUUUAUCGCUACUUUUUUUAUGAUAUUACUUGAUAACUUUUGCAUAUAUAUUAUAGAUUGAUGGGCGUAUUUUAUGCAUUAGGAUGAUAAUUUGGUGCGAAUGAGUUGAAAGUUAAAGCAUGCAUUUUGUUUUUGUUACAUAUCAU